CAUGCGCAGAGGCCCAUCACCUGCUGGGAAUCAGAAACGAACAAGGAAGUCUGGGACACUAAGGGCUUGAAUGUUAGGCUGAAACAAAAUACAUUUAUCCGGCUCCUGUUUAUCAGAAGUUAGCUACAUCGUUUUAAAAUAUGUUUAAAAAACUUAAGCAGAAGAUAAACGAGGAGUCUCCGCAGAGGAAUGCGCAGUCACCUCAGCAGGCCCAGAUGGGCCUCGGUGAACGGCGCAGUAGCCAAACCCCUCAGUUUUCUCACGAUGUCACACCCACUCCCAGUGACAGAGAGGUGCUGGCCGGGAUGAUAGCAGAGCCCGCUUUUCUCUCUGAGUAUACUAUCUUUGCUCUGGACCAUUCAAAACAACCCAAAACGGCCCAGGUAGCCAGUGUGAGUGCAUCUAAAGCUCCAGCAAGGUCUCCCAGAGGUAGCAUUAAUGGUGAUGAAGGCGCUUCUCCUUAUCAGCGAGAGGAGACACAGUCAUUUGCCCAGAAACUGCAAUUAAAGGUUCCCUCAAUGGAGUCAUUGAUUCGCAGUGGUGCCAGUCGGGCAGAAAACCUUUUCCGCUCUCCCUCCAAAGAAAACCUUGUCAGAAGCUCAUCCCGCGACUCUCUAACAACUUUAGGAGAAAAUGAGUCCCCAGGGGCCCCAACAUACGAUCCCCCGUCAGAUAUUGAAAGCGAGGCUGAGGAGCAGCCGGGAAGUGCCGAAUCUCUCUCAAAAGAACAGCUGUUGCACCGUCUGCUUAAAGUGGAGACGAGCCUUGGGAAGUACAGAGGAAAGUACUCAGAGCUGGUUACUGCCUACCGAACAGUGCAUCGAGAUAAAGAAAAAACACAGGCCAUUCUCAGUCAGAGUCAAGAUAAAGCUCUCCGCAGGAUAGGGGAGCUGCGGGAGGAGCUUCAAAUGGACCAGCAGGCCAAGAAACACCUUCAGGAUGAGUUUGAUGCUGCAUUAGAGGAGAAAGACCAAAUGAUCACUGUUCUCCAAACACAAGUUGCUUUGUUGAAGAAACGAGUUAAGGGAGUAACUGACGGUGCACUUCUUUCUGAAGGUGAGGCUCCUCAGUCUGACGAUGCUGUAGAUUCUGCUUCUCUUCCACAAAGUCCUUCUAAAGAACAAAGAGCGGAGCCUGAAAGUGCUGAGGGAGAGGGCAACAGUGACCCAACCAAAGUUAUGGAGGCUCUGCAGAAGAGAGUGAAGAGACAGGAAAAUCUGCUGCAGAAGUGCAAAGACGUGAUGCGUACACACAAGGAGCGGAGCGCCCAGCUGGGCAGCGAGAAUGAAACUCUGCAGGAGCAGCUGCAGGAGAGACUGCAGGAGCUGGAGAAGAUGAAGGAGCUGCAUACAACAGAAAAGACCAAGUUAAUCACUCAGCUCCGUGAUGCCAAGAAUCUCAUUGAACAACUGGAGCAGGACAAGGGAAUGGUUAUUGCAGAGACAAAGCGCCAGAUGCAUGAAACACUGGAAAUAAAAGAAGAAGAGAUUGCACAGCUACGCUCCAGGCUCCAACAGGCCACUGCCCAGAAGGAAGAAUUACAAGAACAGAAAGAAAAGGGUGAAAAAUCAGCAUUUGAAGAACUUGAAAAAGCAUUGGGUGUUGCCCAGAGGGCAGAGGAGGCCAGAAAGCAGAUGCAGGUUCAGCUGGAGGAGCAAGUAAAAGAUGUUGAAAGGGCCAGUGAGGAAGAGAGGAAGACUCUGCAGCAAGAACUAACAAGAGUCAAACAGGAGGUUGUCACGAUCAUGAAGAAGUCGUCAGAGGAAACGGUGGCCAAUUUGGAAAAACUCCACAGUGAAACUUUAGCUGCUAAAGAGGCAGAAAUAACUGACAGAAUCAACAAAGCUGUUGAGCAAUGCAGAGAGGAGUUUGCUCAGUUAACCAAGGACCAAGAACAGCAGUCCUCUCUGGCUCUGGAGGAUGCUGAAUUACAGAAGACUGCUCUGAGGACAGAAGCUGAUAACCAGGUUAAAGAGAUGCGAGUGGACCUGGAAACUGCAAGAACUAGAAUAUUGGAACUGGAGAGCUCUCUGGAGAAGAUCUCACAAGACGGAUCAAGUCUGUCCAGUGAACUUUCCAGUCAGCUGAAUGAACUGAAGGACAAACACAAGGAGCAAAUGUCUGCAUUGGCGGAAAGACACCAGGAGGAGCUGGAAAAGCACAAGAGCAGUCUUACUCAGCAACAUGUUACUGUUGUUGAGGAACUCAAGGAAAAACACAGGGUUGAAUUGGAAAGUGUUCUGAAAGAUAAAGAGCUGCAGCUGCAAACACAUGUUGCUGAAAUGAACCAGAAAACAAUGGAGAAACUAGAUGCAAAGCAGGCAGAGCUGGAGGCAGCUUCCUCUGAACUAGUUGAAGCUUUGAAAAGUAAAGAGCUUUUAGAGGAUAGGUUGGUGGCAGCUGAAGAUGCUCUUGGUUCAUUUCAACAGGAACAUGAGAAGAGGUUCCAAGAUCACUUGGCAAAGCACAAAGCAGAGCUUGAAAGUAUCAAACAAAAGAAUAAGCAGUCAUUUGGAGGUAUGGAGAAAAUGCUUAAGGAGGAGCUUAAUGCACUUAACAUUGUGCUGAAGGAAAAGCAAAAGGAAAUUGAACAGUACAUCCUUAGAGAAAAAACGUUAGAUGAGGAAUCGCAUGUCAAGGUCAGAGAACUGGAGGCGCUGCAGCAGAAUUUAUCACAAUACCAGCUAGAAAACAGCAGGUUAAAGGAGUCUAAUGCACAGUUAACUCGGCUCUCUGAGGAUCUUAAUCAGUCCAAGAAAGAUGUAUCGAAUUUGACGGGUCAGUUGGAAGUAGCAAAUCAUGAUUGUCAACAAAAAGAGAAACUGCUUCAAGAACUGGACAACCGGUUACAAGAAACCAUACAGAAACUCUCAGAGCAGGAGAAAGCAUUUGCUGCAGAACUGAACACAAAGCAGGAAGAAGAAACACGCCUUAAGAAACAGCUGGAUGAUGAAAAAGCUGCCCGUGAGAAGAAGAUAAAAAGCCUAACUGAGAUGGAAGCUAAGCUGAAAACACAAGAAACAAAAAUGGAAAAGUUCAAACAGAAAGCCAAAGAAAUGCAGGAGAAUUUCAAGAAAAAGCUUCAGCAGAAUGAGGAGACCAUGAAGAAAGAGCUUGCAAAGAAGGAGGCUGAGCUACAGCAGAAAGAGCAACAAGUCCAAGAGAAGAUUCUUGAGAUGGCCCAAAAGAGUUCCCAAGGCCUAAGCAGCGCAAUGGCAGAGCUGCAGGUCAACCAUAAGGAGGAAGUAGAGAAGCUGCAUGAAAGCCAUAAACGUGAAAUAGAUGGGAUGGAGUGUCGUUGGAAAGAGAAGUUUGGGCAACAGGAGGAGGAGUUACUGGAGAAACAGUCCCAAGUAUUACAGGAGAAGGCCCAGGAACUAGAGGAAAUAUCUCAGCAACUCAGCCGUAGCAGAGAGGAGAAUGAGCAAGUGCUGUCUGAAAUGAAGUCUUUAAAGGAGGACCUUGCAAUUCGAGAGACCACAGUACAGAAGCUACAAGAAGAGCUUAAUGAAGCAGCAGUGAAGCUGGAAACUUUGUCUCAGGGUGAAGCGUUGCUCAAAGAGCAGCUGGAUUCAGUGGAGAGGAACCUUAGCCAGGCUCUGAAUGAGAGAAACAGCCUCCAAGACAAGCUUAAUACGGCAGAGGAAGAGAGUAGAGAGAUGCUGAAGACUUUGUCACUGCAGUUGGAAGAAAGGGAGAAGCAGCUUAAAGCCCUGGAAAGUUCCAGUUGUAAGGAAAGUGAAGACCUGCAGAGUAAAUUUGAGGAAACUGCCCUUCAGUUACAAGCCAAGGACACAGAGUUUGAGCAGAAAUUGAUAGUGAUCAUCAGCCAAAUGGAGAAUUACUGUAAGGAGGUUCAGUCUAAAGUGGAGUGUGAAUCCGGGGAACUCUGUCAAAGAGUUGAAUGUAGAGUGAAAGAACUGAGGGACAAACUUUCCUACAGUGAGAAAAAGGUAGAACAGCUCAAAGAUAUUUUUCUUUCUAAAGCAGACCAUAUUUGCACUUUAGAGAACAAUCUCCACCUGCAAAAGGAGGAGAACAACCAUCUAUGCAUUUCACUAGAACAGAUGAAAGCUCAGGUAAAUGCUCAUGUGGAGCAUAUCAAAGCCUUAACACAUGAGGAGAAGGAUCAUUCUCAGUCCAUCAGAGACAAAGUUCAACGAAUUCAGGAGCUGAGUGAUGCAAACAGAGUCAUAUCAGAAAGUAUAAAAGCAAAUGAGUCACAUAUCAGCCACCUGGAAAGCACCGUCAGUGACUUGAAAAAUCAGCUAGCAAGUAGCAUAAAAGAGAAGGAGGAAGCCAUAAAUCAGCUGAAGCAGCACUAUGAGGAGGAGACACAGGCUCGUGCUGAAAUGGAGGAGCGAGUUAGGACAUUAGAGCGGGAGAGGAUGUCUACAUCAGAGCAGGCAGAUGCUCUCAGGAGCAGCCUGUCCGAGUAUGAAGCACAGGUCGCACAGAAUGACAACACGAUCACGUCUCUCCAGACCAGGCUCGAGGAGCUGGAGCGAGAGAUCUCAGAAAAGAAUGAAGCUCUGCAGAGGCUGGCGACUAGUAUUGACAAUCAAUCCAUCAGCAAGUCUGAGAUGGACCAAGUGUUGAGUGAGAAAGAGCAGAAGGUCAGUGGACUCACCUCAGAGCUGGAGAGUUGCGGCCUUCGACUUAGUGAGCUUCAGGAGCAGUUGGCCUUAAAGACAAACGAGUGUGAGCAGCUCACAGCUGAUCUCAAGCAGCAGCAUAUCAUCAAGGAGAUUGAGAAGAAAGAGCUCGUCGAGCAGCUGCAGCAGAGCCAGGUGCACUGCACACAGAGCGCUAACGUGGAGCGAGACAUGGUGGAAAAACUGCGCUCCCUCGAGCAAGACCACCAGAAGUGUAAGCAUGAGCUCGAAACUCAAAGGGAGGAUUUCGAAAGAAUGAAAGAUGAGCUUAUCAAGAGCAAGGAGGAGAGUCUGAAGGCGAGUGAGGAGAGGUUUUCUGCGGAGAGCGCUCGGAAAGUGUCGGAGCUGAAGAAGAAAGCUGAGCAGAAAAUCAGCCAGAUUAAAAAACAGCUAACAUCACAGCUUGAGGAAAGAGAGGUGACCAUCAAGGCUCUUCAGACAAGCUUGGAGGAAACACAGAGCAAUGAAACAUCAGGCAAAAAGCACAUAGAAACAUUAGAAGAAAAAGCAAAAACACUUGAAGAAACUCUGGUCAAGCUCAAAGAAGAGCAGGAGAAACAACUUGAGCAGAUACUGAGCAACGAGAAGCUGGACAAAGAGAAGUCUUUGGAGGAACUGAAAAACAUGUACGAAGAGAAGCAGUUAUGUUUUCAGAGAGAGGCAGCGCAGCAGUCAGAGCUCAAAGAAGCCGAGUCACUAGCAAAUAAAAUAAAGGAGAGUCUAAGAGAAGCAGAACAGGAGAAAGAGAAGCUUCUUGCAGAAAUAAGUUGUCUAAAGGAAGAAAUAAAAGAAAAGGACGCCCAGCUCAGUCAACAUGUGGCGGUUCUGGAGCAGGUCCAAAAUCAGACUGAGGUGAUGGUGGAACGUAGCAGCGUGCAGGAAAGUAAAAACAUGAUGGAAAACCAUGCGCCAGUGCAAGAGCUGGACGACGAUCCUCUGGAGUCGCUCAAGAGCAAACUGAGUCAAACGAAGAACGAGAAGGAGAAGAUCCAGAAAGACUUCACGCGGCUACAGAAGGACAUGCGCUCCCUGAGGAAGGAGCACGAACAGGACCUGGACUACACCAAGAAGCAGUUGCUAGAGGAGUAUGAGCAAAAGCUGAAAUUGGAGUUGGAAGAUGUGGAAAUGAAGCACAAUUCUGCAAUCAAACAGUUAAUGAGGGAGGUCAACACACAAAUGGCCCUGAAAGAGAAGGAGCUUGACACUGCAGUGAAGGAGACCAUUGCAAAAGCCCAGUGUGUUGAAGAGGAGCUCAUCAGCAGCCAUCGUGAUGAGACCAGUGAGCUGAAGAAGGCGAUUGCCCAGAAGGAGGAAGACCUGCAAAGGACCGUUCAGAAAUAUGAACAGGUUAUAGAGAGUCGAGAGGAGGAGAUGGGAGACAGAGUGUGGCAGGUUCAGAAGGAACUGGAGGAGCUUCAAGCGAGGACCCACGGCGUGUCUGAGGCACAGAUGAGUACAGAAGAACUACAGGCUCAACUUGCUGAGAAGACGACCUUGCUAAGCUCUGCUCGGCUCAAGGAGCAGGAGUUUGUGGAGCGGAUUCACUCACUUGAGGACAAGAUUAAAUUUUUUCAGCGGGGCACUGUUGUAACUCAUCUUGGGAGCACUUUUAAAGAUUCUGGAUUCAACAGCAGCGAUGCUCUCUCAGAAGCUACGGAGACGGAGUACCUGAGGAAGGUGCUAUUUGAAUACAUGAUGGGACGGGAAACAAAAACAAUGGCCAAAGUGAUUACUUCCAUGCUCAAGUUUCCUCCAGACCAAGUUCAGAAGGUUUUGGACAAAGAGGAUUCAAAAGCAAUUACUUGGUUACGAUGAGAAUCUGAAUACAGUUGGAAAACCCGGAUGGAAAUCUGCUGCUGAAGGAGAAGACAUGUAUUUUAUCAAGUCCUUCUCUCUGCGUUUUGUGUCAUUUUAAGUGUAUAAAUGCGUGCGUGUGUUUAUGGAUGUGUGCACACACUUGGGGCAUAAGAGUGGUGUGUGCGGUGCCGAAUGUGUGCUAUAUAAACACAAAUCUUCCAUAAAUACAGUUUUAAUUUGAAAUUCCUUUUGUUUUAUAUCUUUUAGUUUUAUUUUUAGGUUGUGUUUAUACAGAUUGGCUUGUGCAAUAAAUGAUAUCAUUAUCACAUACUGACUUAAACGGUCACUUGAUUUAGGUUUAGGUGUUAUGUUGUUGUUGUUGUUGUCUGAAUCACUUCCUAUGUAAAACUGUUAAUGACCCUUUAACUGUGCAGUCACACCACAUUAAGGUAAUGGCCUCUGCGCCUUGUUUAACACUGCUUUUCUAUGCUUUAUAUUUUGUUACUGACAUAGAAAACCCCAAAACACAAGACUGUAAAUUGUACUAUUCUAAUUAAAACUCUACCAUAAGGGAAUAUAUGACUUUUCAGAUUAAAAUUAAAUCAUAUUUGCAGAA